AUGUCUUAACAAUGUACAAAAGGUAUAAAUUGGGGAUCAGCAUCUGUUGAUGACAAAUAUUUAACUCUGAAAUAUAAUUUGAUCAAUUUAAUCAAAUUACCACUUAAAAAAGUAGUUAAUUCAAGUACUUAAAAAAAUGAUAUCGUAUUAUAAAUGACAACUGAUGAUUGUGGUGAAUUGUAUGGCUGUAAUGAUUAAUUAGUGAUGAUAUGUUAUGUGAAGUGAGAUUUUUUAUUCCUCCUCAAGAAUAAGUAAAUAUUUCAAUUAAAAUAGAAAAUCAAAUAAGAAAAAAAAAUAUCUAAUUAAGAUUUAGAUUAAGAAAAGCUUGAUAAUGAAGAAGAAGAGCCAACAUUCUAAUAGAAAUUAUAAAAUGAAAUUGUAGAUAAAGCAAAAAUUGGAUAAAGUUUUGCUGACUCUAUUCUUACUAUUCAUGAUGUUCCUCUAAUUGUUCCUAGGUAAUUUUUAUAUUUUAUUUAAAAGGGGACAUUAUACUAUGGAUUUCUUUAAAAAAGACAUUCGGUUUCAUGGAAAUACUUAUUAAUUCACAACUGAUUAUAAAGGAAUCUCAAGAUUAUUUUUAUUGCCUAUGCCAGAUGAAAUUAAUUUAUCACUUGUAAUUGGACUUGAACAUCCUUUUAAACAAGGAUAAACUGCAUACAAUUAUUUAGUGAUGCUAUUUAAGAAGGAUUAUGAAACUGAUAUUAAACUAAAAUAUUAGAGAUAAUAACUUGAUGAUAUUGAUUGGAAAUUAAUUAAAGAAGAAUAUUCAGGUACAUUAUAUAAUACAGUUUGUGAAUUAUUAUUUGAAAUAACAGGGAUUAAAGUUGUAACACCCAAAAAUUUUAAAACAAAAAAUGGUUUAAAUUGUCUUAGGUGUUCUGUAGGUCCUCAUUCUGGGUUUUUAUUCCCAUUAGAGAAAUCUUUAAUAUAUCUACAAAAACCAGUUCUUCAUAUAAAACAUGAAGAGAUAAAAGAAGUGAUUUUACAAAGAGUAUAUAUUUUAUGAUGAAUUUAUAGAUUGGAUCAACAAAUUUAAAUAAGUUCUUUGAUGUUAAAAUCAUAUAUAAAAAUUCAAAUCAAUUAUUUUCUAGUAUAGAAAAGGAUGAAUUAGAUAACUUAGCUUAAUAUUUCUCAACCAAAAAGAUUGCUGUUAGAAAAUUAUAAGAAGAACUUCCUCGUGUUCAAGUGAAUGACAGUGAUGAGGAUGAUAGUUUAGAGCAUAAGUUAAUAUAAUUUAUAUAUUUGAAGUAAUAAAAUCAAAUAAGACCUAAAUAAUUUAGACUCAGAUGAAGAUGAUGACGAUUUUCAAGAAGAAGAUAUUGAUGAUCAAUCAAAUGGAAGUGAUGAGAAUAAUUCAUAUUAAAGUAAUUCAAAAAAAGAAAAAUGA